GGCCUCUAAGGCUGACCUGGGGCAUCCCACCCUCUGACCCCCACUUCAGGUUGGAGCGCUGAUUUCUUUCUUACAGAGUAGUUAUCUUAUUGUACAGGAGCCACGCCCUGCUUUCUUAAAGGCGCCAGGCACUGUUUGGCCAUGUGUUAUCUCUGCAGCUGGUGUAUGGGAGGCCUCCUGUGAGCCGCUUACUUUUCCCGUCUGCUGAUACUACGCCUCACUCCUGUCGAGGAUUUAGGGAUGCCAGGGGCAAAGAAGGUGAUCCCAAGUGGCAGCAGCGGUGCCGCCCCUACGGCUGCUGCUGCUGCCGCAGCUGCCGCCCACUCUGGCGUGAAACGUUUGGAAACUCACGAAGGGGCCUCAGCACAGAGAGACGAAGAGCCAGAGGAAGAAGGGGAAGAAGACCUACGAGAUGGAGGUGUCCCUUUCUUCAUCAACCGGGGUGGACUUCCUGUGGAUGAGGCCACCUGGGAAAGAAUGUGGAAGCACGUGGCCAAGAUCCACCCUGAUGGAGAGAAGGUAGUCCAGCGGAUCCGUGGGGCUAUGGACCUGCCCAAGAUUCCCAUACCAAGUGUGCCUACUUUCCAGCCGACGACGCCAGUCCCUGACCGCCUGGAAGCCGUGCAGCGCUACAUCAGGGAGCUGCAGUACAAUCACACAGGGACACAGUUCUUUGAAAUUAAGAAGAGCAGACCUCUGACAGGGCUGAUGGACCUGGCCAAGGAAAUGACCAAAGAGGCUCUGCCAAUCAAAUGCCUCGAAGCCGUGAUCCUGGGAAUUUACCUCACCAACAGCAUGCCCACCCUGGAACGCUUCCCCAUCAGCUUCAAGACCUAUUUCUCAGGGAACUACUUUCGCCACAUUGUGCUGGGGGUGAACUUUGGAGGCCGCUAUGGGGCCCUGGGCAUGAGCCGGCGGGAGGACCUGAUGUACAAGCCACCAGCCUUCCGCACACUCAGUGAGCUUGUGCUAGACUAUGAGGCUGCCUAUGGCCGCUGCUGGCAUGUGUUAAAGAAGGUGAAGCUGGGUCAGUGUGUGUCCCAUGACCCCCACAGCGUGGAGCAGAUUGAGUGGAAGCACUCUGUGCUGGAUGUGGAGAAGCUAGGCCGGGAGGAUUUCCGCAAGGAGCUGGAACGCCAUGCCCGAGAUAUGAGGCUCAAGAUUGGCAAGGGGACAGGUCCUCCCUCUCCCACCAAGGACCGGAAGAAGGAUGUCUCCUCCCCACAGAGGGUGCAGUCCAGCCCCCACCGCAGAAACAGCCGCAGCGAGAGACGGCCUUCGGGAGAGAAGAAGCCUUCAGAGCCCAAAGCCAUGCCAGACCUCAAUGGGUACCAGAUCCGGGUGUGAGGCAGAUGCCAGCACCCAGGCCUCCUCUGCUUCUGGAGGCCCAGACCCACCUGCACGAAAGAACCCACUGCAUUCCAAGGCAGGGGCUAGUGACGGAGCAGGAGGUGGAGUGGGGGGCACAGGAAGAGGGCCUUGCAGUUCAACCCUAAGUGACCUCCCCCUUACAUGGAGCCAAGCCCCUAACUGGGCCAAGAGGCAGUUAGUAUUUUAUUUGGAGUUUUCAGCUCUACAACUGAAGUUUAAGGUAUUUGGGGGGAAAGACAAAUAGAUGUGCUGGAAGUUGGCAAGGCAGAGAGGGCUUGCUGUUUCUGCGUCCUGCCCUCACAGUGAUGGGGGGUUGGGGAGCUUUGUCAACCUGUGGGUGGGGUGGGUAGAAAUGGAGGUGUUUCUCCAGCUGGGCUUGCCCUGGCAAAAUCUUGACCCAGGGAAAAGGAAGCAGGGUAGGAAUCUUCCUGAGAAAGGUUUGUUUAUUUCACAAAUCAGGAGCUUGGCAGAAGCCAUAUCUGCCUAAGAGCCUGUGGCCCAGAAGAGCCCUCAGACAUGAGACGCUCUUUAGAUAGUACUAUGUAAACCAGCAUGGGGUGAGGCUGUAGGAGAACCAGGAGAAGACCAUGGGGGAUAAGGUCCCUGAGUCUGCUGGCUCAGUCCAGCCUUGCCUGCUGCUGUAGCCCAGGGGCUCCCUGCAGAGUGACUGGGCUUUGCAGAGGGUCCAGAAUUGUACUUGCAGCAGAAUAACUAUAAGCAGCUGUGGCUGGACACAGGGGAGUGUGACGGGACCCCUGGUAGUAUGAGAGUGGGCUUCUGUUCCCCUUCCAAUAAUCUCAGCCCUUGCCGGGAAAACCAGGACGCCUGCGCCCACCUCCCGUGAUUUAGCUGCCCAUUAAGGCUUGAAGUGGCAACCAUAUUUGGCAGCUCCUCCAGGUGCUGGCAGGGAGGAGCCCAAGCAGUGGGAGUUGUCUACCUCCUGGCCAUCAGGCAUGAGAUUCUUGGCAGGAAAGAUGUGGAGAGAGGCUGGCAUGGCUGGGGAGAGGAGAGACAGAGCCCAGGAAUGGGGAGUGUAAGUGAGAAGGGAUGUGGGAGCAGUUCAGGAUGGGGCUGUGUGGGGAGUAAGUUCCCUGCAAUACAGAUGGCACUGCUUGUCAGGUUGUUGGAGGCUUCAAGUGAUAGAGGGCAGUGGAGGAGGUGACCAUUAAGGGAUUUUACUGGGAGUCUGAAUCAGCCGGGGCAGCUGUCAAUAAGGCUGCAGCGGGUUGAGGGCCUGGAUAAAGGCAGCAGAAUUAGGUUUGUGAACUCAGAUGCCUACUGGACCAACAAGGUGACACAGGAGGGCUGGGUAGGGACUGUGGCACACUAAAGAGGGCGUGUUCCAUUAAAGGGGCUGUUCUACUGUUCCCACAGAGCAGGCCCUAUAGAAUUGUCUGGUUUGGGGGGGUGGGGGGAGAAGACUAAACUAGUAUGUGAAAUGUGAUUUUUAAAGGUUAGCAAUCAGUUCAAGAAAUUUAAAAACCUGCUACUAUAGGUGCUGCAUCCUCUGGUAGAGAGAGAUUGUGCUGGGGAGGAGCCUCUGGCUAGGCUUUGGAUAGGAAAUAUGAAAGUUCUGUUUCCCACGGCUGGGCAGGACAAGGCAGAGUGGCCCACUUCCUGUGUCAUCCUCCUCACUCCCUCCUCCAGAUAAACUGGAGACCACAUGUAUGGCUGGGUCACCAGAGAGGUUAGAGUGGGAUACAAUGGUAAAGCUCUUACCUGUCAGGAGGUGGAUGGUGGCUGGAAGCAAAGAAAGGGGAAGGUAAGGGGGAGCUGGGAUACCUUUGCUGAUGACAUGCUCUGCACAGAGGUUCAUCAUACCAGCAGCCCCUGGCCCAGAGCCAGGCUCAGUGAGGCCUGACACAGGCACCAUGGGAGGCCAGCAGGCUAGUCCCUUGCCUCAUCUGGUUCCACCAGGGGUUGGUGGGCCCCAGAGAGAUACACAGCCUACCGCCAGGCUACACUCCUAGCCAGACCCAUGAAAGGGGCAUGACACUGUCUGAUCCAUCUUAGGGUUCAGGGAGGGGGGAUGGGACUUCCUAUGUUCCCACAGUUACCUGGAGAUAGCUUUCUUUAGGAGGCACAAGGCUCAACAGAGUCCUUUCUGGUACUAGAUGUGGCUACUUAUCCUCAAGAGAGCAGCCCAUAUGCCUCUGGGAACUUUAAGAUACAACAGGUUAUGGGAGGAAGGUGUGAGAGGACCUGGGAGUCAGACUCAGGUAGAUUUUGAGAGCUGGUCUUGGUCCCAGAGCCUCGGGACACUCUGCUCUGACCCUAGUUUCUUCCUCUGUGGCCCUGGAAAGAAGGAAGCAGAUAGAGCCUUGACAUAGCUGUGUGUGGGAGCCACUGAUCCCCAGCUGUAAUCCCCUGCCAUUCACCUUUCCUGAGGAUCUCAGGCCUGGAGAGACUGCCACAGGCCACAGUGGUGCUUUUUAAUUUAUUUUUGACUGUUUCUCAUAUGUAGCAAGCCCUCCUCCCCUCCUGGACCAUUUACAUAGGCUAUGCUCCCUGAGGCUGGCCAGGCUGUGAGGUUUUGGGGGAGACAGAGGAAGGGACUUUGGGGCCUUAGUCACCAUCCAUGGCAUCACCUCAUCUCACUUCCUAUGGGGGACAGGAACCUGGUGGAUAUGACCCCAGGCCCCCUGAUUCAAGCCUUCCUUUCAGUUCCUACAUUUAUCCCCCUUCUGGGAGUGCUGGCUGAGGAAGAGAUCAAAGCGAGGUCAGACGAAGCUUCUUGGUAGGUGGCCUGGGGCAGGAGUUCCCUGCCCUGGGUGUGAGGUGAGAAUACUGGGAGGCUGGCUUCAGAGGGCCUCUCCACCGAGCUGUCAGCCAAUCCUUACCCUCCAUCGCCUCACAUCUCCAUCCUCCCCUCAUCCCUCAUGCUAGCCGCUCGUCCUUAGCAUGGGCAAGGGUGCAAAGCAGUAGCCCUCUGGCCCCAGACUGGAUGAUGAAGCCUAGGGACCAGGUACCGAGGCAGAAAGACUCAGGAAGUUGACCAUGGCUGAGGUCUAGUCCUUUCUGUCAUAUCAUGCCCCUGUCCUUUUCAGCUGUAACUUGACUUCCCAGCUUAGAAAAGUGGUCUAAUGGUAGCUGCUGGGGGGCUCAGAGAUCUGUGUGCAUGCACAUCUGGCUUUCCUGCCUGGAAUGAAUUCUGGUUUAGCACACCAUGGUCCCACUUGGAAAUGGUAUGUCUGGUCUUAAAGUGCAAGAAUGUACAAGUGGGGCCCCACAAGCUGGUGUAAAGUGCAGGGAUAUCCUCCGAAGGAGUGGGAGUGGGAGUUAAUGCAUGCACUCCAUUAGGUACCACAGCCCCCCACCAGUAACCCCAGGCUGGUGGGACUACCACAGUGAUAGCUACAAGUCCAUUGCUAGGACCCUCUCACCCCACCUUGGUGCUCUGGGGUCCCAAGCUUCCUUUUUCCUUCAAGUCUGACAAGAAGGGACCUGGGUAUGCUUGACCUUUGGGCCAGUGAUGAUGGACCAUCCACCUGCCCCUAUGAUUUGUUGAGCUGCCAUGUUGUCCUAGAUGUCCUUCUGUCUUCAUAUCAGUAUUGCCUUUCACUUUGUUUCAUUCUUUUCUUUUCCCCUGAAGUGAAUAAAGUGUCUGCAGCUCCGGUUGUGUGAGCUGGCAGAAAUACAUGAAA